GGUGAGUCUACUCGUAGCAGUACCCUACAAAAAAAUACAAGUGCUAAUGGUUAGCUAUUUCUAGCGCUCUAGCGAAAGCGACUUUGGUGAUAAAGAAAACUGAAACUCCUGCCCUACUUACUUUCUCAAUAAAAAGAUAAAUACACGCACACGCUUGGACAAGAUGCCCUCUCUACUCGUUUCGACGAAUACUGCGACUGCCUUCACCACAGACGGGGAUGUCUGUUCAGUGGCCUCUCCUCCGGUAGAGAAGAAACCUCCUACUGUUAAGGCUCAAUAUGAUAUUUCAUUUCUAAGAGUCAUUUCAUCUCGCAGAUUCCUUCUUGGAAUAAUGGAGAAAUGAAGGCAACAAAUGGAAUGUUUUGAGCUCCUCUAAGACUGUUUCUACAAGAAGAACAUCAUCAGCAGAAAAUAAUGUAGUAGUAAUUGCAGACAAAGAACUCGAACAGGAGAACAUCAACAUAUCGACACCUUCACUGCAGCAGCCGACGGAGACCUCCUCCAUGAACGAGGAGGUUGCGCCAAAUAAAACAAGUGAAGACGAUACUGGCUGCAAAAAGUCUUCGUUGUACUCCAUAGUCCGCGAUAAGAACUACAAUCAGCCUUCUGCUCUUGGAAAUGCGGGAGCCGCGAGUGCAGCAGAAGUAGCGAGAAAUGAUCGUCUUCUGAACAAGAGCAGUGACAAGAACAAGCUGGAUAGCAGUUUAGGUUAAGGCUCAGAGUCUCAUUUGUCUUCACAGAUUAUUUCUCUUUCUCUCAACAUCACAGAAGAUUCAGAAUAUUUGUUUCUUCUCUCGUCAGUUUCGUUCUACGUGCAUUCUGAGAACGCGCGGUAGUUGCGUUCUUAGAAUAUUGCGGUUUCACUAGCAGAUGCAGAUUGAAUCAUUCACUGAUUUAUUCCGCUGCUCUUCUAAAACGGAGUCGGAGCGUCAUUUUUAGAGCAGAAGCACCGGCUGCGGAGAGUAAGUGACAUGUUUGCAUUCGAUCUACAUCCGGCGUGGCAAGCAGAGGCAAACGAGCCCGUGGAAAGUGAGGAGCAAAGACUGCAUCGAUGGCGGACCGAGGACCCCAUCCUUAUCCAAGAAGCUUUCGCGACAUCCAAUUAAGGCUCGACGCCAGGCUUCAGAGCUGUUGAUCAUCACCACAGGGAUUCAUUUGUGUCACUGGCAUCUUUAAUGUACUUCCUCGACAGAGGAAGCACUUCGUCGCUUUCCCCGACAGCUGGAAAACAUCAAGGGGAAACAAGGGAAAGGAAGCAAACAAGCGAAGUGCUGCUUUACUUGAUUCAUGAAGAGGUCUUGUAGCUGUCCCUUCAGAAGGAUUGACCAGUCAUUUGUUUCGGCCUCUAAUACAAUGCUUUUCUGCAAGCAUGCAAAGACGGAGACCUUGAGGAAGCAUGUGCGAUUAUCCGAAAUGCAGAAAAUUACACAGAAUUUCUCCAGUAUCAUGUAAUUCAGGCUUACUAUGCGUGCGUGCGCGCAUUGGAUUGGGACCUGUUUCUUGCGGUGUUUGUGGAGCAGUCAUUCUUAAGAGCAGACUGGACAAAAGUAGUUUCAAUUUCGAACUCACAUUUGAUCUCGAAACUUGUUGAUACCGUCACGAUGGCGUCAGUCUAUUGUGCAAUCUGCGUAAGAUCUCACUGGCGACUUCUCAUAUCCAUGAAUUUUCGACUUUAUUUCAAUUUGUUCCAAUUCAUUUCCUGAUGAAGCCAUUGCACACACAUUGUUAUUGCCGUCACUCCACAUUGUUAUUGCCGUAAUGAAUAUGCAGUGCAUUUUCAGCAUAUCCAGUGAAUAUGCAUCAUAUUCUGCAGCAUAUCCAGUGAAUAUGCAUCAUAUUCUGCAGCAUAUCUAGUGAAUAUGCGGAUGCGCAGAAAAGUAGAUUCUCUUUUCUAACUCUCCCUGUUGGGCUGUUUGCAGAAGUAGCACAUGCUGUAUGCGAAAUGUGUGCUAAGGACACGUUCGACGUCUGCCGCAAGUUCCUAAAGAAGUUCUUCAACGUUUACGAGGUAUGGCACUAAUGUUUUUUAAGCUGCCUUUUAGGCUUGCUCCCUGGUGCUGCGUAGGCGACGUACGCUCGAUGUCUAAGUGAAGUAAGUAUACACUAGCUCCUCCGUGCUGUGCCUCCCUACUUCUUUUGUGGUAUGGAAGAUAUUGAUCAUAUCAAGUAGUUGCGCACUAUAAUCACUUUCUCACAGACUUAUUCAUUCGAUUUUUGUUCUUAACUUAGUCCCUCAAUCCACUGCACAUUUUGAUGUCCUCCCAAACCUGAAAUCCCUCCACAGACAAGUGUGAAAAUGUGAAAAUCUGAAAUUUCUCCACAGAUAAGUGUGGAUCACCCAAGACAUCGAGAUGGACUGACUCCGCUUUGCGUCGCGUGCUUACGAGGAUGCCUGCCGCUUUCGGUCAUACUCUUAGUUAAGCGCCGUUGUCAAUUGACCUAUCUUCUCGUCAGACGAGCACAUCUUCUGUGUAUGAAGACAACUGCUAAUGGACUAAAUCUUCUACACCCCAUGAAGAUUGGGUACACUAGUACUACUGCUAAGGGGAACAGAGAAAAAUGCCUACUUAUCUCUUCAGAGCAUUGCUAUUCCGGGGAAAUGAGUACUAUUUUUUCCAUUCAAGGGUGUCUUCAUGGGGUUCUUGAAAAUGAGUUUUAUUUCAAGGGGACAGGAGGCUUAGGGAGAUAGAUAAGCAGAUGGGAGCUUUUAAAGGGCGACAGGAUCAGGGAUAGAUAUAUGCGAGACACUUGAUAAGCAGGUGAACUCUCAACCCAUCUUCUAACUUGGAGGAGUAUAACGCUAGCUGUCAUGUUAUCACACGGCACAACUUGACGCCUUUCCAGCUUAACGAGAUGCCACAGCCUGGUGACACGGAACAGAUCGUGGAGGGACGUCAACUUUUGAAAAAUCGCAUGUUAAGGCACAUCAAUCAAGCAAUCUUUGGACGUUCUUCAGUUCUUAUUUGAUCUUGUGGUAGAACAUCUAAUUCAUCCCAUGUGUAUAGUAGAUAUUACUAGUUGUAGUCAGCGUGGACGUCUAGUAGUACAUUCAUCAUCCUGCUCCUGGUGAUUUUACCUUAGGUUACUAGGCUCUAAAACCCUGUUCGAUGGGAGUGGGACGAAACGCGCAAGAGGUCUUGCGAAAACUGCGUCAGCAUGGUGGCAGCAUACUCAGUGGUACUGUGAAAUUCGAUAAUUCUACGAGAUGCCAACAAAAUUCGCGUGCCACCGAGAUGGAUGCGAUGGGGAGCGAUAAUCAACAUUAUGAUGUGAAGAUAUCAAGAUGGUUAUAUAUCCGCACUAGUUUUAGUUUAGCUAGAAGGAGUACUUGUCCUUGUCGUGUUACUGUAUGUGCUGUCUCGUCGUCUGUUUUCGAGAUGAGUUUCCAUCUUUAAGACCCUUGCUUAGCUCUACUAGCUCUAUGAUCGAGAAGAAAUUUGCUUCUAAACCUCGUCCGCAGAAGCAGCUUCACAGGGAGCCCCCACUUCAAGCGGAGGAGCAACAACGAGUAAAAAGUACACUGUUUGGGCUGGUGGUUGCGAUCUACCUUGAAGUGGGAUCUGGUAGGUGCGAAGACUAAGGUGGUGGCCUGGUACUAGAUCUGGAGUUCUUAGAAGAUGCGACCUAUCAACUUGAAGGACGAUGAUGUCCAAGUGCGUGGUAGUAGCUCUAGAAGUACAGAGCAGAAGGGGUGAAGAAAAAGUCGACGAGUUCACUUUGGAAGAGUUUCAGAUUGAGAAUGAGCUACUCGAGAAGUUCUGACGAGAACGGUGUCAAGUUGUUAGUACAGGUGUUAAGACCUUCUAGCCUUAAGGAGAAGAAGAAGAAGAAGAGCAGGAGUAAUGAGGACCUUCCUCCUACUGUCUGUUGGGGCCAUUUGUUAGUGACCGGGAACCAUGAC